UUUAUUUAUUUAGCAGACGCUUUUAUCCAAAGCGACUUACAGUUUAUAACCUAUAGGGCAUGUUGUGAUCUGUGGGGGAAACCGGAGUACCCGGAGGAAACCCACGCAUGCAUGGGGAGAACACGCAACUCCACGCAGAAUGAAAAUAGGAAGGAACCUCCGCCAGAACCAGGACAGACUGACUGAGAGGGCUAAGGACAGCGAUGAUGAUGAGGAGGUGGUCCAGGUCGACAGGGACCACUUCAUGGAUGAGUUCUUCGAACAGGUGGAGGAGAUCAGAGGCUGUAUAGAGAAGCUGUCAGAAGAUGUGGAGCAGGUGAAGAAGCAGCACAGUGCCAUCCUGGCUGCCCCCAACCCUGAUGAAAAAACCAAGCAGGAGUUGGAGGAUCUCACAGCUGACAUCAAGAAGACGGCUAAUAAAGUUCGCUCAAAAUUAAAAGCAAUCGAACAGAGUAUCGAGCAGGAGGAGGGUCUUAACAGAUCAUCAGCGGACCUUAGGAUCCGUAAGACACAGCACUCAACGCUGUCACGUAAGUUUGUGGAGGUGAUGACUGAGUACAACACCACGCAGUCCAAGUACCGCGACCGCUGCAAGGACCGCAUCCAGAGACAGCUGGAGAUCACUGGAAGAACCACCACCAACGAGGAGCUGGAAGACAUGUUGGAGAGUGGCAAACUGGCCAUCUUCACUGAUGAUAUCAAAAUGGAUUCUCAGAUGACCAAACAGGCUCUGAACGAGAUCGAGACCCGGCACACCGAGAUCAUCAAGCUGGAAAACAGCAUCCGUGAGCUCCAUGACAUGUUCGUGGACAUGGCCAUGCUGGUGGAGAGCCAGGGUGAGAUGAUUGACAGAAUUGAGUACAACGUAGAGCACUCUGUGGACUAUGUGGAGCGAGCCGUCUCCGACACCAAGAAGGCCGUAAAAUACCAGAGCCAGGCCCGCAAGAAGAAGAUUAUGAUCAUCAUCUGCUGCAUCAUCCUCGGCGUGGUCCUGGCAUCGACCAUCGGUGGCACGCUGGGCUUCUAAAGACGUCCCCCUAUCUGCUGCCAUGACAACCGACGCCGACCAACCGACAGCCAGCAGAGAAAAGGAACAGCAAUGACAAACACAAAAACUUGAAACACAAAUGCAAGACAGAAAACCAAUCAACUAGGAAGAAAUAAUUUAAUCACAGAUCAGAAGAAUCACCACGGGUUUGGGUGGGGUACAGAAAACAAAGACAUCACAUUAUAGCUGACCUAUCUACACAACGUAUAAAGGAGAGGGCACAAAUAUUUAUUACCGAUGUACAUGUAAAUGUAUUAAACAUAUGAAGCAAAAGAAGGGUUGGCUACCUGUAAAAACAACAAUCGAUUGCAUUUGCUUGUUUGUUUUUCUCUUAGUAUUUUUUUUUUAACUUUUUUGUUUGUUUUAUGUUUGUGGGUCUCUGAGGAUAGUGCCAGCUGCUGGGUGGGAGCGCUCCGGGAUGAAUCAGUUGUUCAAGUCCUCACGUUCACUUCUGGAAACAAAAAAACCUUUACUGUAGAAAAAACCAAACCAAAACAUUUUUAAGAGAGAUAAAAGGUCAGCCCGCGGUUCUGUUCUGAAACAUCACGCCUGACGUCUCAAUAGUCAAUCUCUCCUGUCUUUCACCGUGGUCAGCCUAUUGAUUCACCCAAUCAGAGAGCAAGAGGAGGGCGGGCCAAUGGUCAUCUGACUAAUCCGACUGGCCAUCAGCAGAAAGGGUAGGGUUUGACUCACUUACGGGUUGAUGGAGUGUUAAAAGUGUUAAAGGGGGGUGGGAGGAGCUAAUCUAUGCAUUAAGAUAAAAGGAAGGCGAUUUGGACCACCUACCUGUAACAAGUUAACCAAUGAGAAUCAGGGAUUAGCCUCAUCACUGGUUGCUGUGGAAACAGAGGUCAUCCUCAGGCUUCACAGCUGGAAGGUUCAACAGAAGCAGAGAGAACCCGUUAGAAGGUGGAAGCAGCGAUCCGGUUUCUGACGGGAGCUUCUGAUGCUUUGUGUUGCGCUGCUGCAGUGGUGAUGUGUGACUCUGUAUCAGCCCGAUGUUGUGGUUGUGUCUCCGCAGACCUCUCUCUCUCUCUCUGUGUGUGUGUGUGUGUGUGUGUGUGUGUGUGUGUGUGUGUGUGUGUGUGUGUGUGUGUGUGUGUGUGUGUGUGUGUCACAUAGAUAAGGUGAAGGAGUGUUCAAGGCCUGUUUCAGGGAUCUAUAUCUGCACUCAGCGUUAAAGUCUGCUCAUUUAUGAACCAGUGUAGUAGGCGCCUAAAUCUGGUUUCCUGAAGAGUCCCACAUCCUUUUUUUUCCAGUUCUUUAAAAAGGAAGCUUUCAGCAAAUUGUUGGUGGGACCAUAGUCAAAGAAAUUACAUUUACCCCGAGUUUAGUGGUUAGCUUUAAAUGAUCGUGAGAUCAGUAAGCGUGUGUCUAAGCGCUGGAGCAACACUAGCGUCACACUGUCUGAUCUCCUCUGGAAGGUGAAGAACACACCUUCACAUGAUGAACGCUUGUUUGUGGACACACAACUGCCCCAUCACACGACUUCAUGCGUUAGCAUUAGGCCUAGCUGCUUUGCAUGCUGUAGCAUUAGCUCGUGUUUUUGCAGCUUGAGUAGAAGCUUGUUGACAAUAUUAUCACCUGUAUUCUGAUAUUUUAACCUGAAAAUCAUCGUAAGUGAGUCUAGUCUGGUGUUUGGAAAAAGGUGUCUGAACGUUUAAGAAAAAGCUAGUGGUCUGUUGCUAGCUAGAUAGCUAAAACACAAUGAAAAGGAGAAUUCUAGUUUUACAAAUUUACAGACAUUAAAAUUAAGAAUGUCCUUUAAAACUAAUUUACAAGAUUGUGUCAGCAUUAGGUCAUAUUUGUGACUAUGAGAAUGGAACGCACUCGUCGGACACAUAAUGCUAAAUUAAAAGCUAGCGUACUAUUAUCAGCAAGGCCAUCUGGGACAGAAGACACAUGUUACAUUUCAGAAUGUUCUAGGUUGUAGAUGCAUGUUUUGUUUUGAUGUUGGUGACGUGAUGUUUUAACAGAAUGUGUGCGCUGCCCCAAACUGGACCCCAGGUGGUCAUGUGACCGGAUGGCGCUGUCUCGCAGCAGUGUGGAGGUUGUAAUGCAGGAGCCUUUAAAUAAAAACUAGAACAGCCAAUAAUUUCAGGUGAAACAACUGUAGGUUUAGUAAAACCCGUUUAAAGGAAGCUAAAUCAAGUGGGAAGUAGUCCUGACUGAGCUACUGAAUGAAAACUAACUGGUGAAGGUUACGAAACUUAAAACUUUAUCUUUACUUAAUGCUGGAAAGGUUUGAGUUCUACAAUGAAAACCUGCUGCAGACACAAAACCAAGCAGCGCAUUUCAAAGCUGUUCCACAUAAAUAAACGCCUGAGAAGGUCAAUCCUCAGGUCUUUAUCUUUUCUUUACUUGUCCCAUAACCAGGUAACGGUUUUAAGGUGGAAUACGCUAAGGCUCUGUGAUACAGAAGUGAUGACCAUCUGUUGAGGCCUAUGCUGAAAUAAAUACCACCUUAAGCACACUCAGCACCUAGAGCAAUAAGUUUAGUUUGUUAGAGAUUAGGUGAUAGUUGGGUGUAUUUGGUAGGAUGUAUCUGCAACAUAGAGGCUUUAGAUAUUCUCAGAGGUGAUUUAGCUUCAGGUUUGGAGAGUCUUAGACUUGUUUUUAUUUUUUGGCUUCCUAAAAGAAAAAUGCUGUGUUCACCAACGUUUCCCACCCAGAGCCCGUCUCAGCAGCAAAACCCAAAACCAUUUCUGACAGUUAGGCCAUUUUUGUGUUGUUGGAUUCUGUCAUAGGUUAAAUCCACUAGGUCAUUUAUCUGAGUUGCCCCAGAUGCCUGAUCUGAUUUCCAAAGUUUGUCAGCGUGAUGCUCCGGUUGGUCCGGUCAGAAUCAGCUGUCCGGCUCAGCACCACGCUCUCAGCGAUUGUCUAGGAUGCGUCGUGGUAUCGUGUUGGUGGUGGAUGCAGAUCAGCAGUGAGAGGAUGUCGUUGUAGCACCAGCCAUGUGUUUUCUCUGUUUCUCUUCCUUCAUCAUUAAUGGAAUGGCUCAUCUGAGUGUUCAAACCCGUCCUCUGGUCCCGUCUUGUAGUGGUUAGGUUGUAUAAAAGACUAUGAUGAUGAAGGUCGAGGGUCAAACCUCGCCCAUCCCGCUGUGUGUAAAAAUUAUGAUAUUAUUAGAAAAGGCAUGCAAAUGCGUUGUGGAGUUUGCAUGACGGUGUUUUUUGUACCCCACCCUCCUUACUGUGCACUUUACCAUCGGACCUGUUUAAUUAGCACAUUAGCUCCUAGCUACAACUUUACCCCGCGCGUUUGUGUGAACACAUGGGUACGUGUGUGUGUUUUUUUAUGUGAACUGCUGCCCUUUGACCUCUUGUCGCAUUUCCUCCAUCAGAACUGCUUGUUUCUGUUUAUGAACGAUGAGUCCGGAGCUGUGGGAUGAUCUCCCACCACGCCUCCGCUGGCCUUGUGUAUGUAUGUGUGUGUGUGUGCGUGUCUGUGUGUGUGUGCGUGCAUGUGUGUGUGUUGGCAGCACAAGUUUGUUCAGAUGUGCAAAGCAUUGGUUUGCAAGAUUUCACAAACAUCUGACAAGUUCUGAUCAGACCUGUUAAGGUACGCCAAGAUCCAUUUGUUUGUUUUUAUUCAGACCAAAGGGUUUCACCUCCCGUCACGUUCUCAAAACGUUUGCCACUAAAAUCAAAGAGCACAACGCAAGUUGAGUUUACACUGAGACCUUCAUCACAGAGCCCUGCCCCUUCCCCACCCACCAUCAGCCUCACCGCAUGUUGGUCUGUCGAUCAGCUGAUCCUCAUCAGAACAAAGUCUGCCUCCGGCCCAGUUUUACCUGUAGUCGUUAGGUUGAUCACCUCCUCUGUUCCGAGGUUCCUUCUGAGACGACGGUGGUGCUUUUCUUAGAUUUAUUAACCGCGGUUAUUCUUGGUAUUUUGGUGUUUGUUUUUCUUGUACAGCUUGUUAAUUAGUCGUGUUUCAGGAUCAAUGCUCCUCUGCAGGUUUCUGUUUGUUUGUUUGUUUGUUUAUAGUCUGAACCAGAUAAAAUUAUUUGGGGUUAUAUUUUGACUUUUAGAUUUUUUCUCCAGCUGAUUUAUUGCUUUAAAAGUCUUUUAAAUCUAUUCAAACAACAGGAAACCUGUUCAGUUGAAGACCAGCUUCCUGUUGUUUGCUGUCUGAAAGCUGCUGCCUGAUGAAGGACAAGUCAGCAGAAGGCACAUCUGGAUCUUUUUUAUGUGAGCUGAAACUCUGAAACAUUCAUGAGAAGCUGCAGAUGUUUCCCAGAUUUUUGUUUGUUUGUUUGUUUGUUUUGGGGGGUGCUUGUAAACAUUAUUGCUUCAGACUCUUUUCUGAAACAUAUUAGAGAAUACAAAUCACAUACACAUGGUAAUUAUUAAGGAUCAAGCUUCUUCUUUGAGUUUUAACAGAAAGUUCACAAAUUAUAACCCAUUUUCUUCAGUUUCAGGUCAGUUGUUAAAUUCUUACAAAUCUGCUGAGAAUAAGAUGUCAAAUCCAGAUGUUUUGCCAACAAAGAAACAUCUGGACUUGAUUGAUCCACACAAGAUUCUGUAACUUGUCUGUCACUGCGCAGCAGCUUCCAUAAAGUUGUGACAGUCCAAUAAAGUUUUACGUGAAUCAACAAUCAGCUGAUUCACAAUUCAUUGAAGACAAAUUCUGGUGUUUAGAUCUUGCUUUGUCUGUUGGCUGAUGCUCGAAAACCAGCGGAGCGCAUUCUCCUGCGUGAUGAAUCAAUAUUUAAUCCAGAAUACAUAGAUAUAUAAAUGUAAAUCCUACACAACAUACUGCUUUGUAAACCCGUCUGAACCGUCCUGUAGGUUCUGUACAGUUUCGGUCCGAGCGGGACACGAACAGCAGGAACAGAAUCACGCAGAGAGUGGAUGGGUGCCACUCAGAGACUCCAAAGAUUGACUUUAGCUGUUAGCAGAAACGCAGUGUGUUGUUUUGAACACAACACGAUGCGUUCAGGUUAGUCAUAUUUUCACUCAUCGGCUGUUGGUUUGAGUCUUCCUGAGAGAAUUUACAGAAACCAAAACCUGUUCCAGUCCCGCUCCGGACAACCACAUUAAAACGUUUAUUUGUGUUUGUUUGUUUGUUUGUUUGUUGCAGGAAAAGCUGCGACUCGUUCUGAAUUGUUGAUGCUCUAUUUGAACGUUACUCUUUUCAUCAAACAAGACAGUAUUUGGUUUAUAUCAGUGUUUUAUUUGCCUAGUGGGAGAAGUUAGGGGAGUGGUCACAUAAUAGACCACACCCACAUAAUCCCUACCAUAAUAAGUAAAGAAUACACCUAGCAUUAUUAUUAUUACUAUUAUUAUUAUUAUUGUUGUUGUUAUUACUAUUAUAACCAUAAAUGAGGAAUUAAAUGCAGUCAAACAUUGGCAAAAACCCAGAAGAACGAACAGCUUCACACAACGUGAUGAACUGAAAACAUCAAAGGGAGGUUGCAAAAAUUCUAUAAUAGCAAUGAUUUAAAGACGUACAAAAGGAGUUUAUGUUCUCAUAAAAAAAUAGUAGUAAUAUUGAAUAUUGAAUGCUCGCAAUUUUGUCAAACUGAAACUGGAACUUUGUGUUAUGUAAUUAUUGUAAAUAAGUUCAAAGAGAGAAAAAUGACUUGCAUGUCUAUGUAUAAAUCUACUGAGAUAUCUAUUCCUGUCAAAGUUGAAGAGCAGGUUGAUCUCUGUCCUAUUUUGCCACUUUAGUCCCCCUGACGUCACCUUGUCCUUAGCCCUGCCGUCUCUGGUCCUGGUAUUCUGGCUGCGCGGCUGAAAGACAACAGCAGAGAGACAGAAACCCAAACCUUCCGGUGCCACCAGGCUCAGUUCUGAUCACGUAUUCAUGCCCUGCAGCAGGAAGAAUACAGAACGCGUUUUUAGUGGCAGAACUUUCACAGGUGUCAGCAGCAUGAUUACAACCACACCUCCAUCCACAGCUCCAGCUCCAGAGGCCCCACCCACUGGCUCUUCUGAUAAAAGUGCUUCCCUCCAUAUUAGGAAACCCUGCCUCCGGGGCUACAGAAGCAACACCCCUAACUACCUGGGAAGUCCCAUUAGUUAUCACGAACUCUCUUUGUCUCUCAGCCAUUAACAAACAACUUCAACAGAACCCUUUUACUGCUCUUCCCCCAGUAUUUAGUCUGCACCCAACCCUCUAAAACGGGUUUCUCUACCAGGUCACAGUCAUAUCCAAAUCUAGAAUAUUUCAGUUAGCCACACCCCAUGGUGCUGCUUCUACCACCCAUUUUAGAGCCAAAGCACACAUCCAUUGAUGCGACACAUGUCUGGAACUUGUCCUAAAAAUGGGCUUUGUGUUGACAUCACCCAGACCUCCUCUUCAGGACUUUAGGUCCAGUUUUAUAUCCCAAGUUUCAGCAAGCAGUUGGUCCUCUUGAUGUACCUCAGAACAUCAUCAGUCUUCCUCCUUCGUGGCGGGGCCAUUGUUUUGUUCCUUGCAAUUUUCCUGACAGAGAUCUGAGCUCUAAAGCCUCAAAAGGCAGAAGAGAAAACUGGAUCUGAAAAUUCCUGUUUCAGAAACUCUGGAGAGCCCAUUUAUUCACUGGAGUUCAUGGCUUUGAUGAAGGUGGUUCUGUCUGAGUUGUCACCUUAUUUAAGGCCCAAUCUCUACCCUUGAGCUGGCCAAUCAAAACACAUGCAAUAUUCUGAGAAACAAGGGCUGAUCUAAAGAGGUGACGGGCCAAGGGCAAGUGAUCAUUCCUUGAGGAACAGAACCAGGAAUUCUGGAGAGUAUGUUUUGAGGCAGACAGAUGAGAGGAACUGGCAAAUAGACAUGUGGAAACCAGCAGACAGACGGGUGGAAACCAGCAGACGGAUGGGACAAUUGUCAAGCGGUGACGUCAGACAAACAUUAAAAAUGCAAAAACAGGACAGCAGCGUUGCUCUUCACAUGCAACUUUGACUGGAAAUGCAACUUGUGUCCCGUUUUUUUUGUGUGUGUAUGUGUGCGUAGCGUAAUGUAAAAGCGAUCUGCCCCCCCUCCCCCUCCCAGUCUCACCCCUCCUCCCCCUCUCUCGUACUGCUGUUGGCUGUUCUGUUUAGUUCAUGUGACGUGCCAGUACCCCCCCCCCCCCCCCCCAUUUACCUCCCUCACCCCUCCUCCUCCUCUUUCUCUCUCCCUUCUUCCUCAGCCUCCCCCUUUCUCUUCAUGGAUCUUUAAGAUGACAACUCUAUGCAGAUGCUGUCUUUUAUAAGUGUGUCAAAUUUUAAUUUAAAAUAAAAAAAACCCUGACAGACAUAUUGAAAUGAAACAAAAAAAUUAAUAAAGAAAAGGAUUGUUGAGUGUACCUUUUGAGUUCUUUAAUGUCUCACACUGGUUUAAUCUUCUCCGAUCCCUAAUAAAGACAAGAGUGAACCAACGUCA